UGUCACUUGAUCAGGUCACAGGACGUGAGAUGCGUCAGCCCCCCCGUGUCUUUACCCAGCCUCAGAACGACUCUUCCCAUCUUCAUCCCCUAUCUGUGAAACAGAGCUCAGGCGGCUGGAGCCAGGGUCCCGCUGUGGAAACUGCAGACGUGGCAUCUCCAGGGCCAUGGGGGAAGGGAAGAGGACCAGUGAGGUGUCAGUUCCCUAUUGGCCGAAACCACAGAUAAUUCGAAUGCACAUCUGCACCCCAACCACAGUGCAUGCUCCAUGAAGUAACUUCAGAGGCCAUGAGGCUGCCCCUGCCAUUGCUGCUACUGUUUGGGGGCAAGGCUAUCCUGGGAAGCCUUGCGGAUAAGCCUUUUCUCUCAGCUACGGCUCCAGUGUUGGAUGAUGAAGAGAAGUUCGCAUCUUACAUACCUGCUCACCUGCGCUGUGAUGCCUGCCGGGCUGUGGCCUACCAAAUGGGGCAACAUCUGGCAAAAGCAGAGGCUAAAUCUCAUGCUCCAGACUCCAGUGGACUGCAGGAGCUGAGUGAGUCGAUUUACACGGAUGUCCUGGACCGGACCUGCUCUCAGAACUGGCAGUCCUAUGGAGUCCAAGAAGUGAACCGGAUGAAACGUCUCAUGGGCCCAGGACUUAGCAAGGGGACAGAGCCAAGCAUCAGCGUGAUGAUUACUGGGGGUCCCUGGCCCAACAGGCUCUCCAUGACAUGUUUCCAGUACCUGGGAGAUUUUGGAGAAGACCAGAUCUACGAAGCCUACCGCCAAGGUCACGAGACUCUGGAGGCAUUGCUGUGUGAGGGUACUCAGGGGUCUUGCUCACAGGAGAACCAGGUCUCAAGAGAAGAGCUUUAGUACAAGCUGAACACCUGUGGAUCUUCCCUUUUUUUUUUUUUUUUAAUUAAUGGUUGUUUGGAGACAGGGUCUCAUCAGUAGCACAGGCUAGCCCUGAACUUGCCCUCCUGCCUCAACCUUGAAAAUGCUGCAAGGACUGUCCUGGGCCUGUGAGCCUGUCCCUUCUAGCUUUUCAGCAGUGGUGGUGGUGGGGAGAUGGCGGUGGGGAAGCCUGGCUCCUGCUGUCAGUGUUCCUCCACCCAUCCCUGGGGCACUGGGGCUGGGGACCGGCAAGGCCUUUCUACUUUCAAAUAAAGCUCAGUGACCGUGAAUCCUCUGUAAAGGAGUUUGGGGAUGGGGUAGUGGGACAGACACUGGUGUCUCUGUUGAAGUCCUUCCCACAGAGGGCCAAACACAUGUCACUCCACCCACUUAGAAGAGAGCUGGCAUGGCUGGAAAUGUGAGCAAGCUAGGAAAGGAUCUAGUCACAGGGAUCCAGUCCAGGACCAAACUGUCCAGGUCUUUAGAUCCCUCAGAAGGAAAGGGCAGACAGCCACCUUGUGGCCACCGAGGCAUGGACUUCUUGCUAUCUGCACCCGUCCAGACGGCAGAGGCUCAAUCGAAAUGAUGGGUGAAAACGAAGACGUGACAGCCCCAAGGUGUGGUUGAGAAGGAUUUUAUUGUAGAUAUGCGGGAGAGAACAGCCAGAGGUGUAGAGAAGAAUCCAGGCUGAACUGAGUCAUGAGAGGAGGUGGGGGGAGUGACAGACACUGAGAGGGACAAGAACGGGGACCAGGA